AUGACGAAUGUUUGCAAGAAGACAACCCUACGCACGCGACUGGUAUAUUGCUCCGGGAAGCCUCAGUCCAUACAAGUUGUGUGCAGUCCCUGUUGUCCGCGGUCAUGUGGCCAUCUCGAACAGACCGGUGUAAGGAGAGCCUCUGACCAUCCUUUCGAUCACCCCUCUCGAAAUGUUCCUGAUGACAAGACCCCAAAUGAUCCUAAAAGCUCAAACCAGGAGGCUAAUGCAAAGCCGAACUUUAAUCCAGGGACUGAUUAUACUGACGGUAAAACACAACAGCAAAUCGGUAAAUCUUCUUCCGAUGAAAAAAACUCAAAUGAUCUUAAGAGAUUUGAACGUGAUACUACCAAAAAAGGCAACUUCCCUUCAAGGUCAAGCAAAAAUGAUGCGAAGAAACGUUCUCGAUCGACCAGUCCUUCAAAUUCUGACGAAAAGGCUUCAAAUGAUUCGAAAUGGAGUGGACGCAGCAGCAACAGGAAAAGAAAAUCAAUUUCAUCUUCUGGUAAAAGGGAAUCAAGCAAACGAUCCCAGCAGUUGAGUCCGCCUCAUACUGCAGAGAAGUCCUUAAACGAGUCCAAAAGAUCGCUAUUUGACGAGUCCAAAAGGUCAAACACCAGUGCAAUGACUGGUAUGAGUGACACAAAAAGGGGGUCCCAGCAAAAGGUUCAGUCUACUUUCGAUGAAAAAGCUUUUAAUGGAGAAAAAGGAGGUAAUCUUAGGAAUCCUAAUGCUGCUUCAACUCUUGAUAGGGGUGCUACGAAGAAAGGCCUUCAACCGAAUGAACAGUCUAUUAAUGUUGAAAAUCCCCCCGAUAAUAAUUUUGGAAGGUUAAAUUCCAUCCCUCCAAAUGGUAGGGAUGACGAGCACAAAAGGUCUCAGAUGACAAGUUCUUCCAUUUCUGUAGAAAAAUCCUCAUUGGAUCCGAAAAAGUCAGUAACCAAUAAUGGUACAAAAACAAAUGAUGCCGCCCUUGAUAAAAUGGAUCAAGUUUCUACUCAGGGAAUCCAUUCGAAAGAUGUGGACGGAACCGGAACGAGUGAAAGGAAGAAGGAGACCAAUACUCAGUAUGGGAAUAAAAAUGUCGCUGGUCGUGCUAAUCAGGCAUCUUUCGGCCAAAAAAGUCCCACAGCAGAUGAUAGAGCCCGAUCGGAUGAUGUAAGGAGAGCGAAUGCUAAUGGAGUAGACGAUAGAAGUGCCAGAAAUGGUGCUGGUCGUGUGAGCCAGACGACUUUCGGACAGAAAAGUCCAGCACCAGGUGGUGGUAGAGUCCAAUCAAAUGAUCCAAGGAAAGCGAACGCUGAUGGAGUGGACAAUGGAAGUGUCAAAAAUGGUCCUGGUCAUGUGAGCCAGACAUCUUUCGGCCAAAAAAGUCCAAAAGCUAACACUGGACUCCGACCGGAUGAUCCAAGGAAAGCGAAUGCUAAUGGAGUAGACAAUGAAAGGGCCAGAAAUACACCAGCCAAGGAAGUGGGUCAUUUGACUAUCAGUAAGAAAUCACCACUCUGUACCAAAGCAUUUGGUCCGGGUGAUCUAGGUGUUCCGUGUGAUGAAAGUGGUGAAGCUGACCUGACUUCACUCGAAGGUGGAAGUUCGGAAGAACUUGAUGGGCCAAAUGGGGCUGCUCAUCCAUUCAUGAAAGCAAAAUUAUUACAACCGUUGACAUUUACUUACUCGAAUUUUAGAAAUGACCAUUAUGAGGAAUAUGUGUCCUUCAAAAAAGAGCACAUUUUUGAUCGUUUAUUUAGCAAACCUACGGGGGGGCUUUCCAACGAAGUUGUUCUCUAG